AUGACUAUACAAUCGACGCCAGGGAGCUCAGGGUAUUUGGAUUUGUAUCCUGAACGCAAAAUGUCCUUUUUCAAGAAUCCUUAUAUUCUCUUACUCACUGCUGUCGCUGGCAUUGGUGGAAUGCUUUUUGGCUACGACACAGGUGUCAUAUCAGGAGCCCUUCUAUAUAUUAAAGAUGAUUUUGAGGCGGUUAGGCAAAGUAAUUUUCUUCAGGAAACUAUAGUGAGCAUGGCAAUUGCUGGUGCAAUUGUUGGAGCAGCAGGAGGAGGGUGGAUUAAUGAUGCUUAUGGAAGAAAAAUGGCCACUCUCAUUGCUGAUAUUAUAUUUAUUUUUGGAGCAUUUGGAAUGGCUGCUGCCAAAGAUCCUUAUGUGCUCAUUUUGGGACGUUUUCUGGUUGGUUUGGGUGUGGGCGUUGCUUCUGUCACUGCUCCUGUCUAUAUUGCUGAAUCAUCACCAUCCGAAAUUAGAGGUUCCUUAGUGAGCACAAAUGUUCUCAUGAUCACUGCUGGACAAUUUCUUUCCUACCUCAUUAACCUUGCUUUCACACAGGUCCCUGGGACAUGGCGAUGGAUGCUGGGAGUUUCAGCAGUGCCAGCAAUAGUUCAGUUUAUUCUCAUGCUCUGCCUACCCGAAUCCCCAAGAUGGCUCUUUAUCAAGAAUAGGAAAAAUGAAGCUGUUGAUGUGCUUUCUAAGAUCUAUGACUUUGCUCGCUUAGAGGACGAAGUUGAUUUCCUAACAUCUCAAUCAGAGCAAGAGCGCCAAAGAAGGAAGAAUAUCAGAUUCGGGGAUGUUUUCAAAUCAAAAGAAAUCAGACUCGCAUUCCUUGUUGGUGCUGGACUCCAGGCUUUCCAACAAUUUUCAGGAAUAAACACAGUGAUGUACUACAGCCCAACCAUUGUGCAAAUGGCUGGCUUCCACUCUAAGGAGUUGGCUCUUCUGCUGUCCCUAAUAGUUGCUGGCAUGAAUGCUGUGGGAACAAUUCUUGGCAUUUACCUAAUUGACCAUGCAGGCCGCAGAAAGUUGGCUCUAUCUAGCUUAGCAGGAGUGCUGGCAUCUUUGAUACUGUUGUCUGUGGCAUUUUUAAACCAAUCAUCUACCAAUGAAUUGUAUGGGUGGCUUGCAGUGUUGGGUUUAGCCCUAUACAUUGCAUUUUUCUCUCCAGGAAUGGGACCUGUGCCAUGGACUGUUAACUCUGAGAUAUACCCUGAAGAAUACAGAGGAAUUUGUGGUGGCAUGUCAGCUACUGUUUGUUGGGUCUCAAAUUUGAUCGUGUCUCAGAGCUUUCUUUCAAUUGCUGAAGCUAUUGGACUUGGUUCAACUUUCUUGAUUCUUGCAGGCAUUUGUGUAUUUGCAUUUCUAUUUGUGCUCAUGUAUGUUCCUGAGACCAAGGGAUUGACCUUUGAUGAAGUAGAAGUAAUUUGGAAGGAGAGAGCUUGGGGCAAAAACACUAGUGACUCACGAAACCUUCUUGGUGAGGGGGAAAAUCAAUCCUAG